AUGAGACCGCCUAGGAAUUUGGAGGAGUGGUUGUACUGUAAGCUCCUGGAGAGCGAAGGUUUUCACAGGUUUGUUCGCAAAGUAUAUAACAAAGUCAACGGGAUCAAGGAGACGCCGUUGCAACAUCAGGCCAAUCCAUCUGAGUUUCUAUAUAAGCCGACCCGGUUACAUAAAUUCAGGGCGUACAGGAUAUUGUUCUGGGAUGAGAUGAGAGCGAGCUUGAAUCUCCCGAAAAAAUCGUCCAAGUUUCUGAAAUAG